ACGGCGGCAAACACUGAAGGGAUCCCCUUCAGUGUUGAUGUUGAGGUGGGAACCUCUUCCUCAAGAAGAUAUGUUUCCAUUUAUGAGGCAAAUCUGUCUUACUAUAACAAGUUUGGCAGAGUGAUGGUCAUGUUUGACACAGCAAAUAACACGUGGCAUUGCCAUUGUGUUAAAGCCAAACAGGCCUGUGUCCACAAGGCCAUUGCGAAAUGGCACUUUUUCCAGACAAGAAAGGAGCUCUUCACGGGAGAUGAGAGCGAGGAUACUCAAGAUAGUCAGGGCUCUGAAGACAAGGUGGAAACUGUCACCUCAAGCGAUUUUCAGUAUCCCCCUCGAGAUCAGGAUUUGGGGAGAAUUGUUAGGUACAUUCACAACAAGAAAAGGCUUUCUGCAGACUUGCCUGCAAAUGUGUAUGGGUUGACAAGUGAGUCAGACGUGCCUAAACAUCUGAUGCCCAAAGAGUGUGUUUGUCCUGAAUGUCCUGGUGAUCUUCCCCUUGGUGAACCCCUGAUCAUCAGCAAAUCAGCAAAAAUCAUUACUGUCAAGAGAAUCAUCGAGGGUGUGACAACUUAUGGGAAAAAAUGCAGUAGAUGUGGAAUGAUGGUGCGAUACCAGGAAUGGGAGGAUGGCUUACAUAACUUUAAUGACAAAGUCAUUCUAACCCUCCAUUUUUGCCUGCAUCUACGGAACUGCCUCCAGGUCAAAUGUUAA